AUGGUUUGUGACACGCUAGUGUAUCAUCCAUCAAUCUCCAGGCUCGUGAGCCUUCUGGACACCAGUGCUGGUAGAGAGAAAGUACUGCGUCUUUUGCAGUACCUGUGCCGUUUUUUGGGGUUCCAGUACUCGUCUAUCUUGGCCAAGAAGCUGCAAAUGGAAUUCACUACGGUCCGCAAGAUUUUAAGGUUCUUGAAGCCGCUUAACCACCUGCAGGCGGCGUCUAAGUUCUAUGACAACAAGAUCGCAAAUGACAACGUGGUGCGGUGGUGCAAUGUCGCGAAAAACCUGGCAUACGCCGGUUACUUGACUCUGGAUCAAAUCAAUUUGCUGCGCAUAUUGCAGCUGGUUCCCGUCACCAAGCUCACCGGCGUCAAAGUGCCUCGCUGGACGAAUUGGUGCUGGUUCGCAGGCCUUGUGAGCGGUCUAGUUCUCGAUUUACGUAAACUACAAGUCUCCCAGGAUCGGAUCCAGGCCCUUGUCACUGACGACGGUCAGAAGGAAUCUGGAGCGCUCGAACUUGCCAAGCACUACGAGGAUCGCGCCUCGGCUCUCAAGAGACUGUUGUGGGACUUGCUGGACACUUUUAUUGUGUUGAACAACCUCAAGUUCGUCGACUCACCCGACGGGUCCAUCGGACUAGCUGGGGUUGCUACCUCGCUGUUCGGGCUUCAGGGACUCUGGGAAGGUGCCUAG